AUGGCAGGAGGAGGCCGGGGGAAAAGUCUUAUGAGUCAAGUUGCCGGUAAAGGCAAGAGCUUAAUGAAAGCCUUGAGCGGGAAGGGGAACAAUCCGGAAGAUCCGGAUCGCAUUGGAGACCGAGAUGUCCUUGCUUCCGCCCGUAGAAGAGAGCAGUUAGCUCGAGAAGCAGCGUUACAGCGGGAAGAAGAGAGACUGAGACGAGAAGCUGUUGCAGCUGGAGCCGAACCCUCUGGACCUACACGCGACCUCCAGCUAGCUCGUAGUACAUUGCCACAUGCCGACGACGAUGAUGACCACAACAACAAUCCCGAUAAUAUGGAUACUGACGAGGAGACGGAGGAAGAUGAUGAGCCAGGUGUAUAUCAGGGUCGUAGAGGUGGUCGUGCCUUACCCUUUCUGCAGCUGCCUGGUCCGGCGUACUUGGAGGGUCCGUGCGAGGGAGGGCCACAAAAUUACGAGUUUAUGCGAUGGUUCAAGUCGCAUAUAGCGAUGUACAUUUGGGAAGGAUAUGAGCGCCGUGAAACUACACGGUGCGAGUCGAGGAGCAAAGCACUCGAGGACUACCGCGGCCCGCAGGAUAACACGAUGAUUGCGAGGCUGGAGGCAACAGGUCUUUACCACUUACGAGACUGUUUUCUGAAGAGGAUGAACAAGAACCUCAUGCUAGCUUUCGUGGAGAGGUGGCAGCCGGAGACGAACAGUUUCCACAUGCCAUGGGGCGAGAUGACGAUCACGCUCCACGAUGUCGCUUUCAUCCUGGCGUUGCGGCUGGACGGACCGCCAGUGUCUGAAAUUCGCCCGCAUUUUUCACGCGCUAUGAAUGGAGUUUUGUGUUGUAGUGAGCCGUGGUGGAUCCAUUUUACCAACGAUCUCGAUAAUGUCGGCAAGUAUUCGUGGGCUUCGGCAUGCUUAGCAAACAUGUACCGCCAAUUGGGUAUUGCCACCCGCGCUGGGAUGAACAGUCUCUGUGGAUGUGUUAUUCUCCUUCUGUGCUGGAUCUUUGAGUAUUUCCCCUGCUUUCGACCACCUCUUUCCCGUUCAUAUGCCGAGUUUGAGCCUCGAUGCAGAAGGUGGGCCCAUGGUGGAGGCAAUAAAACCACGCUGCAGGAAUACCGGAAAAAACUCGACGCCAUGACCGAAAGAGAUGUUUGUUGGACCCCGUAUGGUACCGGUGCACAUUACUUGCAUCCUCGGAGCAUGUAUUACGGCACGAUACAGUUCAUGGAUAUAGUGGAGCCGUACAUGCCCGACCGAGCGUUGCGACACGAUUUGCACCUGACUGUUGGUAUUCGUGUGUUGUGA